AUGAACAUAUUAGCAGCCUGCACAUUUGACCUAAAGUUCACCUAUGUUUUGGCGGGAUGGGAAGGAUCAGCUUCUGAUUCAAGAAUAUUGGAGAAUGCCUUAACAAGAGAUGACAAACUAAAAGUUCCUCCAGGUAAAUUUUACUUGGUUGAUGCUGGCUAUGCUUUGAAGCCUGGAUUUAUCACGCCGUACCGAAACACAAGAUAUCAUUUAAAAGAGUAUUCUCAUUGUCCUCCGGUGAACUCAAAGGAGUUAUUCAAUCUACGACAUGCAUCAUUGCGUAAUGCAAUUGAGAGGGCUUUUGGUGUCCUGAAAAAGAGAUUUCCCAUUAUCGCUAGUGGUUCAGAAGCUCAUCAUGAUGUCAACACACGUUCUGAAAUUGUGCUUGCUUGUUGUAUUUUGCAUAACUUUCUUUUGAUGUAUGAUCCCGAUGAAGAUAUUCUUCGUGAGAGACAAUAUAGCAUUCCAGAUGUGGAGUCACUAUGUUUGAGAUGCUAG